AUGGCCAAGAUGAAGCAGAAGGGCAAGUCCGGUGCCGCCAAGAACUACGUCACCCGUAACCAGGCCAUCAAGAAGCUCCAGGUCACCCUUGCCGACUUCCGCCGUCUUUGCAUUCUCAAGGGCAUCUUUCCGCGCCAGCCCAAGAGCAUUCGCAAGGCCAACAAGGGCUCUACCGCACCCACCACCUUUUUCUUUGCCAAGGACAUCGCCUAUCUUCAACACGAGCCCGUACUUCAGUCGUUGCGCGAGCACAAGACCUUCGCCAAGAAGCUUUCGCGUGCCAUUGGCCGCAGGGAGUGGGCCGCCGCCAAGAACCUCGACGAGAGCAAACCCACCUACCGUCUGGACCACAUUAUCAAGGAGCGAUACCCCACCUUCCGCGACUCGCUCAAGGACAUCGACGAUGCCCUCUCGCUGCUCACGCUCUUUGCCAACUUGCCCGCCACGGACAAGGUCUCUGCCGAAGUUAUCGCCACCUGCGCGCGCCUCUGCGCCGAAUGGCAGCUGUACGUCAUGAAGACCAAGGCACUCAAGAAGGUCUUCCUCAGCAUCAAGGGUAUCUACUUCCAGGCCGAAGUCAACGGCGAGACUAUCACCUGGCUCGUCCCUUACCUUUUCACCCAGCACAUUCCUUCUGACAUCGACUUCCGCAUCAUGUACACCUUCCUCGAGCUUUACCAGACCCUUCUUGGAUUUGUGCUGUUCAAGCUCUACACGGACGAAAACCUUGUCUAUCCGCCCAAGUUCGACUCCGCCAAGGACGACCAGGCUGCUGGCUUUGGUGCGCUCACGCUUGAUCCUGCCAGCGCGGCUGUGCUGCGUGGCGAGAACACCUCGACCAGCUCCUCGACUGGCGCGAACGACGGUGCAAAGGCAGCAUCCACAUCCUCCACCGUGGUCACUGCUUCGGGCAAAAAGGUGUCGGCCAAGGACGUCAAGAAGCAGAUCAAGGCCAUCUCCAAGGCGAACAACGUCGCCAGCGACGAUGUCCAGGACGAUGACAAUGAGGUGGAUGAUGCGACAACGCAGGCAAGACAGCAGGGUGAUGACAAGUUUGUCGAGCAGCCCUCCAAAUCGACAGAAGAGCAAGAGUCGAGCGGCCACUUGACCACCUUUGACGAGAUCCAGGCGGCCUCUACGGCGAGCGAAGGUGCGGCCAACGGGCUUUUCACACCUUACGUAUUUUACAUUUCGCGAGAGUGCCCGCGCGCUGUGAUCGAGUUUGUUCUGCGAUCUUUCGGCGCGUUGCCGGGGCGCAUCGGGUGGGACAUGGUGGCCGGUGCAGGCAGCGCAGUGGACGAGGACGAUGCGAGGAUCACACAUCAUAUCAUCGACCGACCGGUGCCUGCAGGCGGCAUGAAGAAAUAUGCGGGCAAGCGUGUGUUUGUCCAGCCUCAGUACAUUGUCGACUGCGCCAAUGCGAGGAAAUUGCUCCCCGCUGGAGCGUAUGGACCUGGUCAAACGCUGCCCCCGCACUUGAGUCCCUUUGUCGACGAUGCCGAAGUGGCACGCCGCGGUGGCUACGUGCCCGAAGAGGCGAGGGAGCAGCUCGGUCUGGAAGCCGAUUCUGCCGCUGUCGCUUCGGAGGAUGAGGAGGACUCGGACGAGGAGCUCGAGGAGGACUCGGACGUGGACGAUGAUGAGGAACAAGCCGCAACGGUCGUGGCCAGCCCUGCCACCUCGCGUCCAGCACUUGCAGCCCUCUUGGCCGACCCGACCGACGCUGCCGAAGCUGGUCUGCUGGAUGCCGCUGAGCUCGAAGCCGAAGCAGCCGGAGGCGAGGAUGCACUGGAGGAAAUGCGACACAAACACACAGCCGCGCUCAAACAGGCCAAGAAAACGAGCAAGGCGUCUCUGGGAGGCGCAGGAGCCAUCAAGCGCAAGACAGAGGAGCAGGAGGCCAAGGAGAUGUCCAAGAUGAUGAUGAGUAACCGUCAACGCAAGCUGUACGAGAAGCUCAACUAUUCGUCCGGCAAGCGCGCCGAAGAGACGGCCAAGUUGCAGCAGAAGAAGAAGGCGCUCAACAAGAAGGUUGGCCGAAAGUAA